GAUGUCUCCUUCUCCACUGUGAAGACCAUUGUCAGUGUGUGUGUGUGUGUGUGUGUGUGUGUGCACACUGGAGGCUUCAGGUUUCCACAUCACACUUGUGCAUGCUGAACAUUGGACCAAGAUUGGCUUCCAAACUAUUUAUGAUGUUACAAAUCAUGCCAGGCCCACGUCGUAAAAAAAAAAAUCUGAUUUUCUCCGAGCACAAAGAAACUUUUCCAUUUUUAACAAAAAAUAAAAUAAAAUCUGAAAACAGCCUCAAUAUGUCAAACUACUCACACAUCACGCUACACUGUGACACUCACAAAACUCAACAUAGGAACAGACAGGAGAAAAAAAAAAUGGUUUUGACUGGAGGGGACUUUAAACGUUGAGCAAUUAAGCAAAGAAUAAUAAAAUACCCUACUGAUUUACUAGAACACCUGAUAUAAUCUGUUCUUUACCAAGACAUUGCAUCUAUUUAACACACUAUCAGCAUGUAUCGAAAUAAAAUAACAGUAGGAGUAGUGGUUUGCAUUUUGAAUGACAAUCUUUAUUCAAACAGAAUAAAGACAUGAGUAGAACAAAGGCACUUAUAGAGCCUAACAAUGCAGCAAAAGAAAAUAGAUGUCACUCCAAGUUUGAAAAUGAACGUGAACACUUCCAGCGUCUCGGGGAGCCGGCUGAGAUGUGGCGACUUGUUGCAUCUUUGCUGCUUGUUUUGACUCGCCUCAAUCAAUGUAACGCAACACAGCUGUAAUGUUUUUUUAACAGGGGGCGUCCACUCAUGGCUGAGAGAGGAACAGUACUGUCCACACCCCUGAUCCUCUGACACCUCUAUACACUGCUGUAGUUUUAUACUUGUGUUGUAUUUGUAGUUUAGUUGUAUGUGUAAAUGUUGUAUUUUUUUUUCCUUUCAGGGUUUUUUUUUUCUACUUUUGUGAAUCAGCAUCUUACUAUGAACGGUUUCAUCUUGUUUACAAAGAUAGCUAAAAACACUGCUGAGCGGGGAAGGCAAGCCUCAUGAGUCGGCCUCGCGGAUUGCAUCGACAAAAUGGAUUUAACUAAAAUGGGUAUGAUCCAGCUCCAGAACCCCAACCACCCCACUGCCCUGCUGCAGAAGGCCAACCAGAUGCGUCUGGCAGGGACUCUGUGUGAUGUGGUCAUCAUGGUAGACAGCCAGGAGUUCCACGCACACCGGACUGUGCUAGCCUGCACGAGCAAAAUGUUUGAGAUUCUCUUCCACCGCAGCAGCCAGCAUUACACCCUGGACUUUCUUUCACCAAAGACUUUUCAGCAGAUUUUGGAGUAUGCUUACACUGCCACACUCCAGGCCAAGGUGGAGGACUUAGACGACCUUCUGUAUGCAGCAGAGAUCCUGGAGAUUGAAUACUUGGAAGAGCAAUGCCUCAAGAUCCUGGAAACCAUCCAGUCCUCAGAUGAGAACGAUGCAGAGGUCAAUGCUAAUGACGGGAGCACAGAAGACGACGACGAGCGCAAAGGCCACAAUGGAGCCAAGAACUCCAAAAAGCAUUCCAUGGAGAGUCCCUAUCUGUCAGGUACCCAGCACGACUCCAUCAUGCCCGGCAUGGUGGACCAGAGUCCCUCGGUCUCCACCUCCUUCGGCGUCUCCACCCUGAGUCCCACCAAAGCUGCUGUGGACAGCCUGAUGAGCAUCGGCCAGUCUCUGCUCCAGCAGGGCUUUGGGGCUGAACAACUCGUCCACGGCAACUCCCACCACCUGAUGACUGAGAUCAAGACUGAAAUGAUGCAAGUCGACAUGGGCGGCAACGGCCACGACAGCCCCCUGAACAUGGAGUCCAGUGCCUCCAGCAACGGAGAGCGAAGCGGGGAGGACAGGAACCGAGACGGCCCAGGAACACCAACCAGGAGCAGCGUGAUCACCAGUGCCCGUGAGCUCCAUUACGUCCGCGAUGAAGGCAUGGGGGACCCUCAAGCUGAAGUCAGCCAGAUGGGGUUGGAAGCAAUGGCGGGAAUGACAGAGAAACAUCUGGCCUCGCUGUACUCCCUACCUAUCAAUCAUAAAUCAGAUGCUAUCAUGUCAAUGCCGGCAUCCAUGGCCUCCGCUCUCCCCAUGUCCCCAGCCCUGGCUAUGUCUAUGGACUUCAGUGCCUACGGGGGACUCCUGCCUCAGAGCUUCAUCCAGAGAGAAUUCUUCAGCAAGCUCGGGGAGCUGGCAGCGGGUAUGAAACCAGACGGCAGGAACCAGCACGAACGUUGCAAUGUUUGCAGUGCAGAACUACCAGAUAACGAAGCGGUGGAGCAGCACAGGAAGAUGCACAGUGGAAUGAAGACCUACGGCUGUGAGCUGUGUGGGAAGAGCUUCCUGGACAGCCUCCGUCUGCGGAUGCAUUUGCUGUCUCAUUCAGCUGGUGAGAAGGCCAUAGUUUGUGACCAGUGUGGUGCCCAGUUCCAGACAGAGGAAUCCCUGGAGGCCCAUCGGCAGAUCCACACCGGGUCAGACAUGGCCAUCUUUUGCCUGCUUUGUGGGAAGCGUUUCCAGACCCAGACGGCACUGCAGCAGCACAUGGAGGUCCACGCCGGCGUCCGCAGCUACAUUUGCAGCGAAUGCAACCGGACUUUCCCCAGCCAUACUGCACUCAAACGUCACCUACGCUCACACACAGCAGGGGACCACCCAUAUGAGUGUGAGUUCUGCGGGAGCUGCUUUCGAGAUGAGAGCACGCUGAAGGGCCACAAACGCAUCCACACCGGGGAGAAGCCCUAUGAAUGUAACGGCUGUGGGAAGAAGUUCAGCCUCAAGCACCAGCUGGAAACCCACUACCGUGUGCACACAGGUGAGAAGCCAUUCGAGUGCAAGCUGUGCCACCAGCGAUCCAGGGACUACUCGGCCAUGAUCAAGCACCUGCGUACCCACAACGGCGCCUCGCCCUACCAAUGCACCAUCUGCCUGGAGUACUGCCCCAGCCUGUCAGCCAUGCAGAAGCACAUGAAAGGCCACAAGCCCGAAGACAUCCCCCCAGACUGGCGCAUAGAGAAGACCUACCUGUACCUCUGCUAUGUCUGAGGCCAGGAGAGCGAUUGAAGAGAGGGUGUCAGGGUGGGGACGGGGUUUGAGAGGUAAGGGGAAUGUAAUUGAGUGGAUAGGAGGUAUGAGGCUGUGAUGGAGUGUUGACGAUCGCAGAAUGUCAACGGCAAGAGACUCGAAAGCAAGAGGGUUUGUUUUCUCUUAUUUCUUUUCAUGCAAAGGCGGCGACGACCAACGGGGUUGAAGGGUGGUGAUGAUGGGACAAAAGUGCUAAGAAGAGGAAGACUUGGACACGGAGAGAGAUUCUCCACCAUUGUUCGGAUUCACCGGGUCAUUCACUACAUCUGCAACUGUGUUAUUGUUUCAGGUCAUUUCAUGCAGCGCCACAGAGCUAGCGAGCUGCACAGAAGUGACUUUGUGGAUGCUGCUGCCACAGUGGUGCGAAAGCAGAUUCUCAAGGGCUAUCUGAACCGACAGUUUCUUAUUGAUCUUUCACUCCGUUUUGAGCUUGAGAAGGUUUUUGUUCUGCUUUUGAUAUCAGUUGUUUACAUUCACUCGUUUUGGUCACGCUAGUUUUAAUCACAUGAAGAAUAUGUGAGUAUAAGUAUCAGUUUAAGCCACACGUCACGGUUUGCUUUCCAAGUUUUGAGGAACCGCUGGCUUUCAGGAGACGAAAUCUGUCUCCUCGUGGCCACAACCCUUCAUGUUAUGGUAGUUAUGAACCAUAACAAAUUUAUCUUGGAGGAGGACUUGGACAUAUUUUCCAACAGCUCCACCAUGCCAAACCAACUGAAUUAGGGAAACUUUCUCUCCAGAGUUUGAAUGACCCGCUUUGGGUGAACAUGACCCUCAUCUUUUCCAUCUCUAAUGGGAAGUGUGCCUGUUUUGCAGGCAGAAACGAUGAGAUCUUCCAGUUUUCAAAGGAAUCUGCCAGUCUAACCUGUCCCCACAUGAGAUCCUUCAGAUCCCAGCGGAGGCGGCGAGAUAGCCCCUGAGAAUCAGCAGCAGGUCCGUUCGGCGUAUGCAGUAGAUGAAACAGUUGAACUGGAUGAAUUGGAGCACUAAAAAUACUGCAAACCAAGCACCUGUUUGGUUGUGAAGUGGGAGAUGCUAGUGCUGCUUUUUUUUUCUUUUCUUUUUUUUUUUUUCUUGGAAGUCUCCCUAGUUUUCUCAGUAGUCUUCCUGCAUCUCUGUCAGAUGAGGGCUGGAGAAAGUCGAGUCACCACUGGCCACCCACGGUUCUCCCCAGAGAGCCAAAGGCUAACUUGCGUCACUUUUUCGCCAUCUUAUAUUUUUUUAGCUCUGCAUCAUAGUUUAUCAUGGCUUGAUUGCACAGGUAAAACAAAUUACGACAACAGUCUCUGUUUGAUGUCUUCAAGGUAUAUCUUUUAUCAUUAAAUCAUAACUCUCUAUUACAGUACUCCACAUUAAAGCCAGCCUAUCCACCUAAUCAGCAAUAGAUAACUGGACUGCUUUUAUCCAUGUACUCACACUAACGAUGAACUACACAAACUGACACACAAACAGUAACACUUUGACCGCAACAGAUCUGUCCAUUCACCACAGUGAUGGAAUACAAACAAAAUGGGAAAAUGGUUAACCGCUGCUUUCCGUGGGAGUCCUGUGACUUCAACUGCUCGUAGUGAAUGUUGAAGACGUGCUGGGUUUGCCUUUAGCCGCGCGCCUUGCCAAAAGUGGCGCGGCAGGUUGAAGACUGCUAUGUGGCAUCAAAACAUGAAUGUGAAAGACUGUGAGCCAGGUUCGCACUAGGCUGUACGAUGCAGGUUAACGCUGCCUUUCAGUGGAAGUCGGAAAUCUGUAAUUCCCACCUUUGUGCGACUCUUCCUGCCUUCCAUUGGUUCAAUUUGGAAGAUUUUCUCUAUUCAACAUGAAAUGCCGUCCCAAUGCGACUGCUCAUGAAUUAGCUCGCUCACUAGCCGGUAUAAAUGCUAUCUUACAUCGGAAAUAAUAGGUGUAGUUGUUCACUAUCAGAUGUUUUGAUAGACUAGGGCUGAAACAAAUCACAUGUUGGUAAGUCACAAGAUCCACAUAUUUAAAGCUUACAGUAAAUUGAGGCAAGGCUGGAUUACUUACUGGGCGAAGCAGGAGAGGGAUCCAGACAGGGGCCCCUGAAGCCUCACAUUCACUGUGUCAGUAGGUUUUUGUUUGAGAAUAUGCAGUUAAUUAAACUCGGAGGAAAGAGGGUCAGUAGGGGCCCUUUGGUCAUUCAUUAAGCUAGGCCUCCUUUUGGUUCGUUAAAUAUUGACAUGUAAAAAAUGAUGUGCAGAAUUUACUGGCACCCAAUCGCCGGAAAAAUGUUGGCAGUUCAUGUUUUUGCAAACCACGGAUAUGUGGGAACUUUCUUCACGUUCAGUUUUAUCUUGUGACAAAACGUUGCUCAUGGUCUCGUUAGGCACAAAAAACACUUGGUUAGAGUUAGGAAAACAUCAUUCGAAGAGCACUAACACGCCUGGAAAAUGUCCCAACGUCAUGUGAUUUCGCACUUAAAAUUGUUGAAGUACCAUCUUGAACAGUGGCCUCUCGCUCGGCAGCCGUCUUGGCAGCUGUCGCGACGCCACCGUCCCCUCCUGCUCCUAACACGAAAGUCAUCUUGCGUGUAAUCUGAACAUGAUAUGAUACGUAUUGUAGAGAUGUAGAUAUGCGUGAAACGUAUGAAUGCCAACAUUUUUAUUCUGGCGACUGGGCCACAUUUAUAUUCUCAUUCCAAAAAACCACAGCUCGACUCGAAGGCUUAUUUGGAUCAGUUUGAGGUGGGAAUUUGCGACUUCCUGGUGUCUCUGAAUGCAGCAUUAGACCUGUGUGACUUGAACAGCCACUGGUAUUAUGGUUGAACCUAAGGCUUUAAUGAGCAUCACUGCAUGUCACAGCGUUACCGGGGUGAUCACAUAUCCAAAUGGCCGGUGGAAAAAGGGGGAAAUCACUGAUGGGACGAGACACGGCCCAGCAGCUUAGGGGGCGACCAGUAAGACGACAGAAUAAAUCAACUCUUUCUCUGUGGUUUUGUCCCUGUGCUUCGUCUCUCUCGUCUCCUGUUGUUGUUCUUGUUGUUGUUCUUGUUGUUGUCGUUGUUGUUAUUAUUGACCUUGAGUUUGAGCUCAACACAUCGUACUUGAAUUACCUCGUUUUGUGACCUCAUGUUGCUUGUGUAUUUUAAUUUUCCCUUUUGUUUCACUUUUUUUUUGGUUCAUGAGUGUUUGUUGAGAAGAUGCAUUGCACAACACGAUGAAGCAAUGUGUACGCAGAAAAAUUAAGUGCCACGGUGAAGAGAUUUUUUUUUUUUCUCGUUUUGUUUUUCUAAUGUUGUCUAUUUCUUUGUGCAUUAUUUGUUACCAAACUUGGUAUUAUUAACCCCGCUUGUUAAUGAGCCGGAAGGUUUGGUCAUUUGUUAUAAAAGCUACCUCUAAGUUGUUUUCAUUAUUUUUUGGUUUUGUUUUUUUGUUGUUGUUUUUUUUUGUUUUUGUUUUUUUGGCAAAAGCACAUUUUUGUGUGUUUGUGUUUUGCAUUAUUUCAUCAUUGCUACUUCAUCUCAUGCUUUUAUUUUUUUUUUUGUUUUUUCAAAAGUUGAUUUAUGAUUGUGUUUUUAAGCAAAAUGUAUAUUAAAGGGUAAGAGAUAACAAAAGUAGAGAGUGAUAGGAUUUGACAAGUCAUUCGAAUGGAUGUUUAUUCGUCUCUUAUAGUCUCCCCCCUGCACCUCCAACCACCGACGAGAACGCAGAGAAAAAAAUGAAAAAAAAAAAAAGCGAUUUUGAAGCCUUAAGUGAUGAGUAAGAGGGAUGUGGCAGAUAAGAGGAAGUACUAUUGCUUUUUAAGAGGGUUUAAAAACAAGAAUUUAAACUUGAAAAUAUGUGAAUAGAAGUGUAGUUUUGUAAUGUGAAAAAAAAGAAGGUUCAUCAAAACAAAAGCAGAAAGGAAAAAAAAAAAAACAAAACGCUGAACCGCACAGGACAGGUCAUAUUUGCAGUGAUGCAGAGUGCGUUGGACAAUUGGAACUGCAAGUGGUAAUCAAAAAAGAAGAACCAGAAGGUUAAAAAUAGAGAUUCUCUCGGCUGACAAGCUCUCUUGAGAAAUGAGCGUAUUCCUGAACAAGAGCCAACAGAGGCAAUUUGAUAUAUAAAAAUUGUGAUAUUUUUGUAUUCAGUGUCAGUCCUUUUUCCAUUUGUGGAGGGUUACAGCAGGGCACAAAUAUUUGUAUUUCUUUUUUUUUUUUUACCUGUUUUUUUUUUUCUCUCUCUGGGUGUGAAUCAUUUUUGCCUUGCUCCUCUUUGAUAUUGUUGGACAAAAAAAAAAAAAACGUGUGUGAACAUAUUGUAAUAAUAAGUGUCGCUUUCUGGAUGUCAAUUGCAUUGUAGGUGAAGGACUAAAUCUAUCCGCCACAAAUUUUUUGAGUGUGUGUAUGUGUUCAAAAAAAAAAAAAAAAAUGAGGAAUUUAAAAAAAAAGAAAAAAAAAGAUGAUAAAAUACGGGACGGCAGGGGGGCGCUGCCAAACCGACCAAUUAGUACUUGUCAUUCACAAGUUUUCAAUCAAACUUGACUGUCGACGUAUAUUUUGUUUUUGUAUUUGAAAAAAAAAAAAGAAAAAAGAAGAAGGGAUGGCAUGUCCCUGUGGUGUCUUGCCAUUUUAUUCUCAAACACUGUGAGCUGAGGGGCUUUUUCACCCUCAUAUAAUAUCCACCCACUAUAAUAUACCCAGUCACGGCUCAAGUCUGAACCACCACAAUGCAAGACCUGAUCAGUCACAUUGUUCCUAUCAUCGUCCUCUGAAUGUUUUCUACUUUUUUCGUGCGGGUGAAAGAGUGCGUACAAGAGUGUGUAACUAUGUGUGUGCGUGCGUGUGUUAGUGGAAAAAUGCACUAAUCAGAUCAGAUACAAAAUAAGAUGAUAUUCUAUGCCACUUUUUUUCUCUAUGUUGGAAAAAAAAUAUAUAUAUACAUUGGCAUCGUUAUAGUUCUUCCCUCAGUGUUCCUCCAAUGUUUCUGUACUAUCUUUGUGCCUAAAAAUGGAAUUUGUUCAACAAAAAUAUCCAUCUAUAUCUGCUUAGUUUCUGUAUUUUCAGAAGAAAAUAAAAAUGGUGUCUCCAGCACCCUAGGGAUGUCAUGACGCCAUAAAUGACCUGAUUUUUGCUUUUUAAAUCCUGAACAGAGCAGGGCUUUCUUUUUUCGAGGACUGCAAUACGCCCUUAAUGCUAUUGAAACAGCAAACCAGGAUUCUGCGUUCACUUCUUUUUCUUGGUCCGUACUCUGUGAUUGGCGCCCGAAAGCAUUUAUUUAGCGACACGAAACAAAGCAUACGGAAAAUUUGCUGGAAUCCACACAGGCUGCAGUGGUGAAACUUGCUUUUGGGGACAAAAUCUGCUCCAUUUAAAUUUUUUUUUUUUCCUGCAAGCCACAAGUCUGAUUCUCCGCUCAGAUUCUUCAGUUUUGUUUUGUUUUCUUCGUCAGCAACAGGUUUGCUGAUGAGAACUUUAUAUUGCUCUUGAAAAAAAAAUAAAAUAAAGAAAACCUCCAUUUGGGUAGGUUUGCACUAGGGUAAUCCCCCCCUUCUGCUUUGCUUCAGUUUUUUCUUAAAGUACUUUUUCUUUUUCUACAAAACGCAUUUAGAAGGGGAUGUUAAAAUUCGUCAGAGAGGAAUCAUGGCAUCCCUGGAGCUGGCACUCUGUGUUUUGGUGUGGUGUUUCUAGAACAAAGUAGCCAUUUCAUGCAGUGUUGCAAUGCAUGUGCCAUCGAGGUCUAGACUAAAAACUGUUUGAGUAACAAAGCACCAAGACAUUGUAUUUUUUUAUAUUAGCACUGAGGACCAAUUGCCCUGUCGGACCAAGCAUAACAAAGCUUUUUAUGUAACAAAGCUUUUCUCUCUCUCUCUGUCUUUCCCUGGCUUGUCUGUGCUACUUCUCUCCUCCAUUGUUGUGACAGCACAAGUGCCAGUCAAGUUGCUCUGUAUUAAGAAAAUAGUGUUUUUAUUAUGAUUUGAAUUGUUAUAGUUUUUGUCUACCUCAGCACCUAAUCUUAGCCUAAUCUUAGAAGGUGCCCAAUUAUUAUUUUUUAUUUUCUUUAUUUCGUUCUCUUAUUGUUGUCAGUUGUAUAUUUUUUUUUUUUUUGAAAUUUGCAUUAGAGCUUUGCAAAGGUCCUUUGUCUUUUCCAGCGACAACGUGCUAUUUUUUUUUUUUUCCCGUGGCAGUACGUUUCCUGUUGAGCUGUGCCACCAAUCUAUAGCCACCGUCUGUUGAUAUAGAGGUUGUUCUUUUUUUGUUUCUUUCCAUGUAGAAUCAGACACCUCUCUUUGUAACAUUUCAGUGUUCUCUGAUGGAGUGUGAAAAAAAAAUAAAAAGGAAAAAUAAAAGAUUUAAUGCUGCAGGUUCUCUUCUCCAUGUUGUCACUAAAGUCAAUGUUGUGCCUUUGAUAGUGGAAAAUAUAAAGAAUAUUUCUUUUUUUCUUUUUUUACAUCCUACUAACAGUAGAUUGUUUUUUGUAGUGGACUUUUUUUGUAUUUUUAUUUAUGAGUCUCAUAAUAAAAAUCCAAUCAUGAUGUUCAGUUGUAUACUUUCAAUCUGCGGUUAGAAAAAAAUAAAAAAUGGACUUCA